CCCUUUACAAAAUAUUAUAUAUAAAUAUAUUUUUAUAACUUUUUCUAUUCGACAGGAAACGGAUCAUCAGCAAACAAUUGUCACGAGGCAAACUCAGCCAAUCAGACUGAGCGACAAUCGAACGUUGCGGUAAUCCGGUUCAGACAUGACAAGAGCGGCCGACGGAAGCUCAAGUCCGGGCUCGGUUUCUGGCCACAACUCCACUUUUUACCGCUUCACCCUCCAGCUGAGCGUAUUGGUGGCUCUCUGUUUCAGGAAACAGAUAUGCGUUGCAAAUAUGCAUCUUUAGAUAAGACUCCAAGAGUUUCCUUGUGAGAUUACCCUGUCGGUCUGUAGGUAGGGAUGGUGUUACACCGGGCUCCAUGAGCAGAAACUAGCCUAACGAGGCAGCAUUACAGGCCGGGGGACAAGCAAUUCGGUUGAGCCCAGAGGACGGAGGAAAUUCAAAUGCUCCCAGGUUUCCAUUAACAACCCGGUUGCUUUUUCACAGUUUGUCUGCUCCAAACGGACUUCUUAUUUUUUUCUGCUGAGAGAGGCCCAGACAGCUUUCACGGUGGAAACAAGAAGAAGAGCAAAGAUGAACGCUGUGCGCGGGGGCACAGUCACCUGGCGUCCCCAGCCAUGGCAGGACGGGGACGGGGGAGGAGGGGAGCCUCUCUCAGACAGCGACUCAGAGGAGGAGGACUUCCCAGAUGAUAGCACCACCCCACUGGGGGACUACAUUACCCAUGGGUUAAAGCAGCUCCUAGAUGCUCAGCAGCUGUGUGAUGUUACAUUGCUUGUUGAAGGAAAAAAGUUCAUGUGUCACAGAGUCCUGUUAGCAGCUGUGAGUCCAUACUUCCGGGCAAUGUUCACCAGCCCUCUGGUGGAGUCCCGCCUCAACGAGAUCCGUCUGGAGGAAGUGACGCCGUCUGUCAUGGAGACUGUCAUCCAGUUUGUUUACACGGGUGAGGCCGGUCUCUCUCUGGAGACGGCCGAGGACUUGUUUGUGGCUGCCAACCGGCUUCAGGUCAUGCCCCUUCAGGACCUGUGCUCCAGGUUUCUGUUUGAGCACCUCUCAGUGGAGAACUGCCUCGGCAUGUACUCGCUGGCUCGCUCGCAUCACGACCAGCUGCUGCUGCGUGCCUCCCUGCGACUGGUUGCGCAGCACUUCCCCCGGGUGGCGCGGCAGAAGGACUUCCUGCUGCUCGACCACGGCACCCUGGGCAGCCUGCUGAGCUCUGACCGCCUUGGAGUGGACUCCGAAGCCGAGGUUUACGACGCGGCUCGGCGCUGGGCGGAGCACCAGCCUUUGGAUCGCUACGCCCACAUGCCGGCGCUGCUGCACCACCUGCGCCCGGGACUGCUGUCCCAGGAGGAGACCCGACGGCUGAGCCAGGAGCUGGGGCCCGCUGCCGCUGGAGAGGGUCUGGGGGGCCCUCUGAGACCAAGGGAAGGCAUGUUUGAGAAAAAGAUCGUCUGCGUGGAUCUGACACCUCGGGAAGAUGAGAACUUGGCUCUGAAGGAGUACACUGUGGACUGCUUUGACCCUCGGACAGGGAAGUGGGAGAAGUUAGCGGCGCUGUGUUCUCUGGUGAGCCCGGGGUGCACGGCGGUGGGGGACAGGUUGUUUGUAGCCGGGGGGAUCCUCCGGACUGGCUCCGUCUCUGCCGCCGUGCACGAGUAUGACGCCGUGUUGGACAGAUGGAUAGAAAGGCCUGCGAUGGGCCAACCCCGAGCCAUGCUGGGCCUACUGGGCUGCGGCGAGUCGCUCUACGCCUUGGGCGGCUGUAACCGCUCCGCCCUGCUGGACUCCAGUGAAGCGCUGGACCUGACUUCACUGCAGUGGGGUCCCGGGCCGCGACUCCCACUCCCUCUGCGAGCGUUUGCCUGCGCGGCUCUGCGUGGACGCCUCUACCUCCUGGGCGGGACCACGCUUGAACAGAACAGGGCGGUGGUGCACUCAGGUGUGCUCAUUUAUCACACCUUGACCGACUGCUGGACACGGGUAGCGCUGGACUCCGGCACCACAUGCCUCGCUGGAGGCGUGGCGGUGAGAGGAGGGGUCUGCGCCAUCGGAGGAUACAUGAGGGAUACCACCAAGUUCCUGGAUGGGAAUUACACCAACCUGGAGACUUUAGAUGCAACGGGUCGCGUCCUGUUCUUCAGAGAGGGGAGGGGGACAGGGGUGGAAAGGGAGGUGACAGGGGGAGGGGUGAUGGUCAGCGCAGAGCAACGGGGGGUCGCCUGCGGUGGAAGUGACCGGGCUCCGAGUCCUGUCGUCUUCCCCGGUUUGCCGCGGCGGAUAGCCGCAGGGGGCGUCGCUCGGUGGAAGAGGAGGAUUUACGUGCUGGGCGGAGAAAACGGCUCCCGUUUCUACGACAGCGUGUACUGCUGGAAGCCUGGCUGGCGCAGCUGGGUGCAGAGGCGGGAAAAACUUCCCGGAGAGACUGGAGGGGUCAGCCAGUUCGGGUGUACCACUCUUAAAUUCCCCAAAAAGCACAUCCUGUCUAGACUGAGACUAGCCAAAGAAAACUGCAAGAAGCCCAACGACUAACUCGACAGAAAACCCCGGCAGAGGCAGCCUUUCUUUGGCUGCUUAAUGAUCUCAUGCAAUGUUGUUGUUUUAAUUAAUUUAAAGCAGAAUAUCUACUUUUCUACAUGUGUGCAGCCACCAUGCAGGCCUAUAACAGAUUAGAUCCUGUAAAAGGGAUUAUCUCUGAUAGUCAAAGAGGAGAGUUGGGCACCUGAAUGUUUCCUAGUUCACCAAUUAUCAAAGGAAAUAAAUUCCUUUCAAAGAAGAAAAUGUGACAUUUUUGGCUUUUUGCUCUUGUUAUAUUUUUGAAGCUAUUUAAAAAUCAAUAAUGCUGUGAAUUUUCUUUUUCUCAUUGCGUUGUUUAGAAACUGAAAUGUUUUAUGAUGUUUUAAAACUGAUCUUACGUCCUAUCUGGGCCUGUGAUGUGCGGUGACACUGCAGUUAAGGGCUACACAAAUAAACUUCAUAGGAAAAUA